AGCCCAAAAUGCCGUUAGCCUUCUUGGUAACAAGGGCACAUUGUUGACUCAUAUCUAGCUUCUCAUCCACUGUAACCCCAGGUCCUUUUCUGCAGAACUGCCGCCUAGCUAUUCGGUCCCUAGUCUGUAACGGUGAAUGGGAUUCUUCCGUCCUAAGUGCAGGACUCUGCACUUGUCCUUGUUGAACCUCAUCAGGUUUCUUUUGGCCCAAUCCUCUAAUUUGUGUAGGAGCGCUGGCUACUUCAACACAUUCAGACCAUACUUUAAAAGCCCAUACCCUUUAAAAAAUGAAAUAAAACUCAGCUUUCUUACUUAUAUACUAGUAGCUGAAAAGCUGGGUUGUUUCACAAGUACAGGGUAUAAUUCAUAAAGUAAAAAUGACUGAGAACUCAAAAAAAUUGUGUGUCACUUAGGUUUAUGGUUUUAUGGUAAGUCUGAGUGAGGGUGUCUAUUGUGCUGAUAGAUUUUUAUUGAUUUUUGAUGAUGAUGGUGAAUGAAGGGUGUGUCUUGCCUUGAGGGUUUAUUGUGCAUACUAAUUGUUGGUGGGUUGUGGUGGUGUUUUGUAUCUGGGGGAGGUUGUGCUGGGAGAGCUGUUGAUGGCAGCUGGGCCAAGUGAUCAAGCCAUCUGUGCAAUUGCUCUCAUAUAUCCAGUGAAAUUGUUUUAUGCAAAUCAGCAGUAGAGUAAGGUCGGUGAUUGGUUGCGAUAUCAGAGGUAACAAUGGUCUUAUGACUCUUGGUAUGUCAUAAAUACAUGUCUUACUGUAGCUGUACACCACACAGGUGUAAUUUGUAAAGUGAAAAUGCCUGAGAACUUAAAAACUGGAUGGUCACAGAUGGUGAAACCCAGUAAUAAUGCAACCUGGUGAUAUUCUGAACAUACUUGUAGCUGAUUCCAUUGCUUCAUGCUGACUCUACAGACAUAAUAGGCUUCAGUGUGAUCCACAGUGACAUUCCUGGAAUCUUAUCUAUAUAGAUGCAGAAAUCUAAUGGAAUACUGAGAGACUGUCUCUCCAGUAAUACCCUCCAUUCAGUUGUUUCACCUUUGACUGUUCUUUUUAACUUCUGUUUAACUAGCAUUUUUGUGUAGUUCCCAUUUUUGAAGUUAAAUGUUACUAUGGUCUGUUUCUUUGGUAUUUUCCCCCCUACAAGGAUGUUAAAUAUAAUUACAUUAUGGUCAUUAUUACCAAGCACCUCAGCUAUAGUCAUCUCUUGGACCAGAUCCUGUACGCCACUUUGGACAAAAUCAAUAAUUGCCUCUCCCCUUGUGGGUCCCAGGACUAGCUACUCGAGAAGUAGUCAUAUCCUGCUACUUCUUCCAUGUUUUGCAAAUUCACUUUUCUCUAUAUCCUGACUGCUAAAACUCUUGCCCUAAUUAUCUCCCACCUUGAUUUUAACCAAUUCCUUCCUCUGUCCUUCCAGAUGUACACUACCUGCCCAUCUGUAUUACAUCCAAAACAUUGCCACCAAAAUUACCAUUCUACCUUGUAGAUCCAUGCACAUUGCUCUCAUUGAAUCCCUCUAUUAGCUCCCAUCACUCACCAUAUUCAAUUUAAACUUCCCAUCCUUGCCUUGAAAGCCAGGCACAACUGUCCUAGCCUGCAUCUUGGAUCUCACUUCAUAACUCAUAUCUCUUUUGCCAUACCAGUGGUGCUAGUCUUAGCUCUAGGCUAUAUUGCAAACUUAUGUCAGAAAAUCCACACCCCAUGCGAUGCAGUUAUACUGACCGAACUCCCGGUGUAGACAGUGCUAUGUCAAUGGGAGGGCUUCUCCUGUUGACAUAGCUACCACCUCUCAAGAAGGUGGAAUACCUAUACCAACGGGAGACGCUCUUCCAUCGGCAUAGGUAGUGUCUUCACUACAGUGGCGCAGCGAUGCUGCAAUGGUGUAAGUGUAGACAAGCCCUACAUGUCUCCUCUUGAUAGAUUUCUCAUAUUCUUGUCUCCAUAUCUUCCAUACUGCCGCCUAUGCACAUACCUUCCUUUCCAUCCUGUUCUACUCAUUUUCUUCCUUUCUCACUUAAAUCCCUCCGAAAGAUUCAUUUUCAGGGCCACCAAAGCAAAUAAAUAUCUAAGAUGAAUCCCCUCGUCUGGGUCCCUCUGUCCCUCUUGUCUUCUCUUCUCUUUUUGACUGUAAGAUUUUCUGGACUAUGAAGUGUUGUCAUACUUCUAUCAUGUACAGCACCAUGCACGCUUGUGGUUAAGAAAUAAUAAAUAAGAGAAAUGAAAUUACCUACCCAGGUAGAAGUCACUUCCCUUGACAAGUUGGAUUCUGGGUCCCUGGUGUGUGAAGGUUUUGAGUGUUUGGAGGGUUUUGCUGCAAAACCUCCACAAGAAAAUGAUUGUAUAUUUAAAUAAGUGAUACUCAGACCUCAGUGGUUCAGGAGCCAAACUAGUGAUCAACUCCGAGUAGGUUGUAGAUCCUUGAUGAUGCGCUGGAGAGGUUUUAGUUGUACGCUGUAGGUGAUGGCCAGUGGCGUUCUAUAACUUUCUUUGUUGGGCCUGUCCUGUAGUAGGUGACUUCUGGGUACCCUUCUGACUCUGUCAUUUUGUUUCUUAACUUCCCCAGGUGGGUAUUGUAGUUUUAGGAAUGCUUGAUAGAGAUCCUGUAGGUAUUUGUCUCUGCCUGAGGGAUUGGAGCAAAUGCGGUUGUAUCUUAGGGUCUGAUUGAAUUGGCCUCAUUAGCACUACAAAAAGUAAUUUUCCCUCUGUUGAUAUUCACCCCUUCUUGUCAACUGUUGGGAAUGGGCCACAUCCACCCUGAUUGAAUUGGCCUCGUUACUGACCCCCCACUUGGUAAGGCAACUCCCAUCUUUUCAUGUGCUGUAUAUUUAUACCUGCCUACUAUAUUUUUCACUCCAUGCAUCUGAUGAAGUGGGUUAUAGCCCACAAAAGCUUAUGCCCAAAUAAAUUUGUUAGUCUCUAAGGUGCCACAAAGACUCCUCAUUGUUUUUGCUGAUUCAGACUAACACGGCUACCCCUCUGAAACUGGUUUAAAAAAUAGCCUUUCAUACAAAUCUCUAAAUUUUAAGUUCACUUUAGUAUUUUUUUUUUUUUUUUUAAAUACAACAUUCUGAACUUCCUUGGCGUUUGAUUCUGCUAUGCAUUACAUAACAAUGCAGUCAUCGCAGUGGGAUUUAUGCCACACAUACAUGUUUGAGUUACCUGUGUAGAUUUUUAUGUACCAAAAUUUAAGGUAACUUAUGUCCCACUAAUAAAAGCCUAUUUUAAUAAAGUACAAAUAACUUUAUCCAGAGAGAAAAUAUAGCCAGGAUUCUACUUCCCAUAUAAAGACUGUGGGAUAAUUGAAUAGAUCACUGUAAUUGACCGGGACCAGCAGGUUUUUUAAACCAGGAUCUCCUCAUCUCUUGCCUGGGUUUUGUUUUUGUUUGGAACAGGAAGAGUACCUCGAUUGGACAUUCAAAGUUUAAUGAAUUAGUUCAAAUGAGUAUACUUUGUCCCUACAGAAAAUUACUAUAUACUUAAGUAUAAAUCACAAAAACUAUGUUUUGUGAUAGUUAAGAUUGCUCUAGUCUGUUUUUAAAAAGGGAUUAUAAAAAAGUCAUACUAGAAAAAACUAGUCACGUGGCACUCUUUAAACAGUCGUAAUUACCUUUUAGUUUAUCAUCACAAACUGCCAUAGACAAUUAAAGCAGUGCACAAACUACAAAAAAACCUCCUUGUUUUGAGUUAGAGGAUCAGUUACAUUCUUUGUAUAGGCCUUUUUCACCCCUAUUAAAAUGGAAAUUCUGGUGCAAUCUUAAUAAUAGAAGUGCCACCACCCCAAUAUAAUGUACAUAACUCUACUUUCAAUUAUGACUCUAGGUAGCUGAUCAUUGAUGUUUGCCACUUUAGUAAUUCAACUUUUAAAAUAUUUUUAUGAUAUUAAACUCUAGUCUUGACACUGAUUCUGGCUGGCAUGUUUGAACAGUUAGAUGCACAUGUUGCAGCAAGAUCCACCUUUUUAAUAGUUGUUGUUGCAAGAAUUGGGGUGUUUUAGCCCAGAAUCUUGGCUAGAUUCCAAUUUAAAUGAUUUAUAUUAUAUCUACCUAAAUUUUCUCCUUCUGUUUGACAAAUAAACAAAAAUUCCCAAAACCUACUCUUUGUUUCCCCUCCAAAUCUGCUAGGAGAUCUCUGGGGCAGAAUUUCUACCAUGGUCUGCAGAGGUGGCUGUAUGUUAGUUGUGAAUAUGUGUACAGUUCCCAAAGAAUUUUGGGAUCCUCCAGUUUGCCAGGCACUAACCUGACUGAAAAGUUAUUUGAGCAUCUGUUUAGAUCUUUUAUGUACCAAAAUUUAAGUAACUUAUAUCCAGCCUAUACAGAAUAUUAAAGUAUACUGAUCAUGGGAGGAAAACCAGAAGACAGUAUUGUGGAAGCCCAGUGUAGAUAAGAUGUCAAUGCAGAUGUGAUUGAUAAUGUCAAGGGAUAGGAUAAGGGCAGAGGAGAAACCCUGAAAUUUGAUUAGUAAGAGAUUAUUGAUGACUUUUAGAAAUUGGGGUGGGGGGGAUCAAGAAUGGAGUUGGAGAAAAAGAACUUUGCAACUUUUGAAGAAAAAUCAUUUUAACAUGGUUUCAGAACUAUGUUUUGUGGUAUCUUUUCAUUUUUUGUAAUAGGCAAUGUAGUCACUCACUUUCGUCUUGACUGGAAGCAGCUGAUUGUCUGCAGUUUGGGAGUCAAGGACUAUAAGUAGUCCCUCAAAGGUAUUUGGGUGGGGAGGCAGAUACAUGCAGCAGGUUCAUUCCUGUUCAGACUUAGCAAUAGAAACUCCAACAUGAAAAUGUACAGCCAACUUUUGUGCCUGAAGAUGAACAGCAGGAGCUUCAGGUCCAUAAAGUCCAGAUUGAAAAUGAUGGGAAUCAUAUGAUGGCGAGAGAUAGAAUAGGUUGGAUUUGAGGAAUUCUCUGCUUGGCCAUCUAGCUAAGCCCCCUGCUUUAAGUCAGCAUAUCAUAAUGUUUCUUAAGGGAUGUGGGCGUAAGUAAAGUCUUAGGCCUUGUCUACACUACAGAGUUUUGUCGACAGAAGUAAUCUUUUGUCAACAAAACAAUGGAGAUGUACACAGUAUAAUUCUCCUUCCACCAACAAAACUCUCCAGCUUUGCCGACAAAAUAAAACCACCUCUCAUUGAGGUGUUGAGCUUUUUGUGGCAAAGUUCUAUAGACAGAGUGUCAGUGUAGACACUGCACUUGGUUAUGUCGCUGUAAAUUGCUUCCAGGAGGUGUCCCACAAUGCCCGUCCUGGCUGCUCUAGUCAGCAGUUCGAACUCAACUGCCCUGCACCCAGGUACACAGGCAUCUGCACCACCUCCUUUAAAGAUCCAGGAAUUUUUGUAAUUCCACUUCCUGUUUGCUUGGCAUGGAGAACUCACAUUGCAUCUUUCCAGCUGAUCAUGGUGGCUCCAUGCAGCAAACUCUCUCCCGCUUGGAGCACACCUGAGUUGUUGGAUCUGCUGGCUCUGUGGGGAGAGGCGGCUGUGAAGUCCCAGCUCAGCUUCAGCCAUAGGAACUUUGAUACCCAUGGUCAGAUUUCUCGUGGCAUGUUGGAUAACGGCUAUGAACAGGGCAUGCAUCAGUGGCAUGUGAAGAUAAAGGAGUUGAGGCAGGUGUACCAGAAGGCAAGGGAGUCAAACCGUUGCUCUGGUGCUGCAUUGGAGACCUGCCAUUUCUAUAAGGAGCUGGACGCCAUCCUUGGUGGUGACCCCACCUUCACCACCAAGAUCCCUGUGGAUACUUGGGCCGGGGGGGCAGCGGCUGGAGACAGCAGACAGUGGACUCAACCCUGAGGACGAAGUCGUGAACAAGGAGGUUGAGUUGGAGGACGAGGUGGGACAGGCAACAGUCAUCCAGUACCGUGGCGAGCCAGGACCUCUUCUUGACUCAGGCAGGUUCGAGCCAGUCCCAGCAAUCUAUCUCUGAUGCGCAUGAUGCAGGAGAGGGGAGCUCUGGAAACUUUCCUGCGCCAAUCGGGAAUCACUUGUGCAGGGACCAAAGCACCACAGAGAUGUGGCCUUCAGGGGAACCCACUACACGCCGGCAGAGUGCUCCUGCCAGAGUGGUUGCUGCUGGAAUUAAUACAGAGUUGCAAUUUGAUCAUUUGCUGACUACAAAUCAUGAAAAUGUUGAUGAUUCCUGAUCAUGCAAGGCGGCAAGUUAAAGCAUGGCAGAGUGCUGUAUAGAAAGACACAUUGCUGGUGCUCAUUGUCAAAAUGGUGCCUAAAAAGUUCCAGGAUUCAAAUAGCCCUCUGUUGUGCCCCUCUAAUAGCCCUGGUAUCUGGCUGCUCAAAAUCAGCCACCAGGUGAUCCGCAUCCACACUCCACCCCGGGGGAAACUUUUCACCCUUAGUCUCACAAAUAUUAUGCAGCGCACAGCAGGCUGCUAUGACCAUGGGAAUAUUUUCCUCAUUUAGGUCUAAUCUGCCAUAAAGGCAGUGCUAGUGUGCUUUUAAUCUGCCAAAGGCACAUUCUAUGGUCAUUCUGCACCUGCUCAACCUAUUGUUGCAGUGAUUCUUGCUGCUGUCCAGGUUUCCUAUGUAAGGCUUCAUGAGUCAUAGGAGUAGAGGGCACACUGAGUCUACCAGGAUCACUAUGGGCAUUUCAACAUCACCCAUUGGAAUCUUGUCUGGAAAGAAAGUCUCUGCUUGCAGCUUUCUGUACAGGCCAAUGUUCCUGAAGAUGCAUGGGUCAUGCGCCUUCCUGGACCACCCCACAUUUAUGACAGUGACACGCCUACGGUGAUCCACAAGCGCCUGCAAUACCAUAGAGAAAUACCGCUUUCUAUUGAUGUACUCCUUUGCAAGAUAGUCCGGGGCCAAAAUUGGGAUAUGCGUGCCAUCUAUCGCCCUGCUGCAGUUAGGAAAUACCGUUGCCGCAAAGCCAUCCACUAUUUCACACACAUUUCCAAGAGUCACAGUCCUUUGUAGCAGAAUGCCAUGCACACUUGCGAUAACGCAGUCCCAACUUUGGACACCAAACUGAUUCAUGAGUGACCGGUAGCAGUCUGUAGUUGCUAGCUUCCACAGAGUGAUCACCACAUGCUUCUCCACUGAGGGGGCAGUUCUCAUUUUGGUGUCUUUGUACUGCAGUGCUGGGCCAAGCUCCGCACACAGUUCCAGGAAGGUGGCUUUCCGCAUCUGAAAGUUCUGCAUUCACUGCUUGUCAUCCCAGACCUGCAUAACGAUGUGAUCCCACCACGCAGUUCUUGUUUCCCGAGCCCAAAAGCGAUGGUCCACCAUAUGCAGCAGCUCAGUGAAUGCCAAAAGAUUCUCCAUUUCUGGGUAAAGAAUGCAGACAAUAAAGUGCGUAGUUGUUGGAGAUGGUGCAGUGGGAAAGACCUGUCUUCUCAUCAGCUACACCACCAAUGCCUUUCCAGAGGAGUACAUACCCACUGUGUUUGACAACUAUAGUGCCCAGAUGACUGUGGAUGGCCGGACAGUUAGUCUAAAUCUCUGGGACACUGCAGGCCAGGAGGAAUAUGACCGUCUGCGUACACUCUCAUACCCUCAAACCAAUGUAUUUGUCAUCUGUUUUUCCAUUGGAAGUCCCUCCUCUUAUGCAAAUGUUCGGCACAAAUGGCACCCUGAAGUCUCUCACCACUGUCCUAAUGUUCCAAUCCUUUUAGUUGGCACCAAAAGGGACUUACGAAGUGAUGUGGAAACAGUUAAAAAGCUGAAGGAGCAAAGCUUGGCUCCCACUACCCCACAACAGGGAACUUCACUGGCCAAACAGAUUGGAGCAGUAAAAUAUUUGGAAUGCUCAGCUCUGAACCAGGAAGGGGUUCGAGAGGUGUUUGCUGAAGCUGUGCGUGCAGUUUUAUACCCAGUGACAAAGAAAAACACAAAAAAGUGUGUCCUGUUGUAGUUGCCGAAGAUGAUGGAUAUUUGAAGUGGAAUAAAGACUGACAGGGAUCUUGGUGGGCUCCUUUCUUUUUUUAAUCGAAGAUUUGCAUCUUGCACUAACAGCUAAACAGAAAUGGUUCAUAUUAAAGUAUAUUCUUGCAGUUUGGUAACUGCUUCAGGGAAACUGUGACAAACCAGUUCAUUCCAGCCUAGUGAGAGAGUGAUCAGAUAUCUAUCCAUCUUCUAAAGUUCCAGAGUCUCCAACAUCUCCAGAGUUCAGUUGGCUUCCAUUCUUUUCAAUGGAGGAGGAGGAGGAGACUUCUUCAAAGCCAAACUUCACCUUUACUAGACAAACUUCAGUUAUUGGCCUUGCUGAAAGAGACAGAUAUUGCUAAUUUUGCUUUAAAUGUAGUUCCUGUGCUUCUGGCCCUUACUGACUCAUCAACUUGGUUUACCAGACAAGAGUCUGGCUUUCUAAUUAUUGCUUUAAUUUGACAACAUGAAAUUUGAAAACCAUUUGUCGAAAUUUGAAAAUGCUUUCAGUAUUGAUGAGAGACUUACAAGUAAUCACAUUCUUUACUAUAAAGUAUGAAAAGUUAAUGAAAACCAAUCAUGUUUAGUCCAGUGGUUCAGACAUAAGGAACUCCUGAAAUGGUUUAAUUAAUAUUAAGACCAGAAGUUGGCACCUCCUGAUAUGUGGAAUUCUGGAUGACAGUAACUCAAAUAAAUGAUUCUGUGGUUAUUUAGGAACAGAGAGGUGAGAUGGUAACAAAAUGCAAGUCUUCCAUAGUUGUCUUAACUGCAUUAGGGAUUCUCUUUCCCCUCUAAAAAAGUAUUUUAAAUUCUGAGAGUGGAGGUACUGUUCUCUCUUCAAACUGCUUGAGGUAAUUGGGAUGAUAUUCUCAAAGCGGAUUUCCUAGUAUGACAUGCACACAUGUACAUCCCCCUACCUUUUAGGAGAAUUCCAGAGAGUUGGAAGGAGGCUGUUGCCCUUGAGGAAUUAGUUCUCUCUCUCUCCCUACCAUAAUUAGCCCCUGCAUCAUUGCAUGAGAGUUCAUGGCAGAUUAUGUCUUUGAAUUUUGUAGGUCCUAUUACAUGAAGCCACGAACCAUGUUUAACUAUGGUUCCAGUUAAACUGUUUUUAAUGGUUGGCUAGCUAUAGUGGAUACGGUUACCUGGGCUAGAGCAUUUUGAAAAUAAUUCUCCUCUCCACGGUAGCUGGUCACACAUUAUUAUAAAAGUACUUUAGCUGAAGCUCUAUUUAAACACUUCAAUAACUGUUCCUACCCCUUUGUGAAUAGUCACUGGCUUUUAUCUUCAGAAGUCUAUGUAUACCCACAACAACUAGAAUGAACAAAAAAGCAGCAGUAUGAAACCUCCAUUAAAGACUAGCCCCUGCAACUUGCAGAUCUGAAAUUGAUGUGUUGUAUAAGAGAUUUUGUAUUAAUGUAAGAAUGCUGGGACUGGGUUUUGUGUACUGAAAUUAAUAAGCCCAUUCCUUGCUUGGGUGUCACUGACUGUAUUUGGGAGCAGCCUACAUUAGUGGUUCAGAUCUCAGUUUCAUACAGGUAUCUCACCCAUGCAAAAACGUGUGUUAUGCCUGCACUAUAUGGAAUGAGCUCUCUUUUCUCAUUGCAGCAAGAUGCCAGCAGGUUGGCAACUGUAGGGCUUUUAGGAUUCAGAGAAAUAUUAAAUUAGCCUUGCUUUAGGUGGUAUUAAAGUAUGAGGUGGCUACGUUCUUAUCUGUGCCCUAAUUCCCCUCAAAGAAGAGGAUGUGCCUUUCUCUCUGCCUGAUGUACUGAUAACUUACAUUAACUACAAUUCCAUUAUAACUGAUGGCAUAUAUUACUUUAGCAAAUAUCACUCUAAAAGGCUAAAUUACAAGCCACAGUUAAACCAAGCCAUCAGUAUGACUAGCUAAUGAAACAAUGUAGUGUACUGGGAAUGACCAAAUAACCAUAUGCCAUGAUGUUUGUAGAAGCCUGGAGAUGCUUCCUUCUAUAUACCACUUUCUUUUUUGUUCUUCACAAAGUGCCAUGGACUAGAACAACUUGGAGAGCUCUUGACUGUCUUCAUAGUACCUCAUUAACAGACUGAUUUCAACAUCUGAUACUUCUAUGUGUAUUUUCUGCCAAGAGGAGUAGGUAUCCUUACUCCAGGGCCUGAUCUCUGCAGGAAUGAAUUUCAGGAGUGUGCAGAUAUCUUGAACUUUUUUUCAUUAUUACAAUAAUUGAUAAUGUGUUAACAAAAUCUGUAAAUGGUCACUCUCUAAGUUUGGGAUGUUGCAAAUUUCUAUAAUUCUUAACCUGUUUUAUUGUAACUCUAGUGCAGAGUUCUGGUUCUUUUUUUUGCCUCAAUUUUGUCCAUUGUCACAUAAGUGGAGACUUGACUUAGCUCCCUGAUCAUAUGGUUGGAUUUGUCUAUUUCCAAAUAAGAUCAGAACAUUCCAGCAUUGAGAUGAGCAGUUGAAACCAGCCUUAUAAAAGUUUUAUAUUUGAGUGGCUGGGAAUGCAGCUGACGUGACAAUUCAGUCUCUCCUAUGCUAUUCAGUUUUUAUAUCCUUCUAGCAGACUAAUCAUUUACAUUUUUUGUCUUUGAGAGAGUUCACUUAUUUCCCCCCUACCCCACCCCCAAUUGAUUUGAACAGUUCAGGAGUGCUCUGUCCAAAAGAUGCUCUGAGGCAGUCUUUUUAGAUGUAUACGUUUAGCACUCAAAUGCUCUGUUCAGUACACAACGGUAGCUAUUUAUAUGGAAUUUAAACCAGAAAGGCCUCAAUGCUCUGCUUUUGAGUGCCAAAUUUGUGACCUGUAGAAUUCUUGGUGCUACUUGGGUAAGUCUGAACGAGCAAAUGGACCUCUCUAAGCAAAGGAGUUCUCUGAGACAGUUAAAAUGGGAAGGUGAGGAGGACUCCUUUGCAUUAGAGGACCCUAAGAUCUGAUUGAAGUGUGGUACUGAAACAUACACUGGCAACUUGAUUUUAUACUUAAAAGGAAUUUGUAUUGCAACUAACAAUUUAAAAUGAUUUUUAAAUUAUGCAGAAUUAAAUGUAAUAAAGCUUUCUUGAUCUCUU